AUGGCCUCCAUGAUAGACAUCCAGAAAGAACUCAUACUCAACGCCAUCCGACAAACCACCCGCGGCGACUGGAAGAUACUCAUCGUCGACGAGUACAGCCAGAAGCUUAUCAACAACGUGGUCAAGGAAGAUGAUAUCCUCAACCUCAACAUCACCAACAUCGAGCGCAUCGAAGACCGGCGGCAGCACAUACGAGACAUGGACGCCGUAUACAUCCUCACCCCCAAACCCCACAUUGUCGACUGCAUGAUGGCCGAGUUCGACCAGCGGCGGUACAGGGGCUUCUUCUUGAUCUGGACGACACUACUCCCUCCACACCUCAAGGAGCGCAUAGACCGCUCGCCAAUGGCGUGCGAACAGAUUCGAAGCUUUCGGACAGUCCACCUUGACUUCCACCCCCAGGAGUCUAACCUGGUCACCUUCAAAGAUCCCUGGAGCUUUCCCAUCCUCUACCACCCAGAAUGCAACAACCUCGUGGUUCGGCACAUGGAGGACAUUGCCGAAAGAAUCACAGGAGUAUGCGUUGCGCUCGGCGAAUAUCCCCUCAUACGAUAUUACCGACCCCGAAGCCCAACGCACGAGGCCAGCGUCUUAUGCUCACACCUUGCGCGUUUCGUGCAAGACAAGCUCGACAUGUACGCCCAGUACAACCAAGAUUUCCCUCCCCAAUCCAACCGGCCCCGCGGUACGCUCUUCAUCACCGACCGGUCCAUGGACCUUAUGGCUCCCUUUGUUCACGAGUUUACAUAUCAGGCAAUGGCCAUGGAUCUGCUGCCCAUACAAGACAACGACAAAGUGACCUACAGGACCAACGUCAACGAAGAGGACCCCGGUUCAGAGGCAAAAGACAUGGAGAUCUCUGAUAAGGACAAGAUAUGGGUUGAGAAUCGUCACCGACACAUGAAGGACACCCUCGACAAACUCAUCAGCGACUUCCAAAAGUUCAUUGCCGACAAUCCCCACUUCACAAACCAGGACGCUCAAAAUGCCGCAGGUAUGAAUGGGCUCAACGCCAUCAAGGACAUGAUUGCUGGGUUACCUCAAUUUCAAGAAAUGAAAGAAGCGUAUUCACUGCACCUUACCAUGGCACAGAAAUGCAUGGAAAUCUUCCAGAAGCACAAACUACCAGACCUGGCUUCGGUGGAGCAGUGCCUGGCCACUGGACUUGACGAAGAUUACCGGAAGCCCAAGAACAUGACUGAUCAAAUCGUCCGGACGCUGGACGAAGAUGAAGUAACACCAGCCGAUAGACUACGCCUAAUCGCCCUCUAUGUCCUCUUUAAGAACGGGAUACUGCCAGCCGACCUGCAGAAGCUCAUUUUUCACGCACAGCUACCACCACCUGACGGCGAAGUCAUCCGCAACCUUGAUCUGCUCGGAGCACGAGUAGCAAGGCAGCUCAAGGAGAAGAGAGAUGCGCCUCAACCUCUUUUCCCACCCAAGCCAGCACCACCACCAAAUCAAGAAGACUAUGGAUUGUCAAGAUUCAACCCGGCAUUACAGGAUAUGCUAGAAGAACACAUUCGCGGGACGCUUCCUCAAGACAUCUUCCCCUUUACAAAGAUGUCGCCUGAAGAUGCAGCCAACAUGGCACCAGAGAACAAUGCCGCUCCUACUUCUCUUCGCGCUGCCAAACCAACCUGGGCCAAGUCACGACUAGCCAGUGCAGAACCGCGACAGCGUGUCAUUGUGUUCAUGGCUGGUGGUGCAACAUACUCAGAAUCUCGCGCUUGCUACGAUGUUUCUAGUAAGACGACGCGUGAUGUCUUCCUUGUCACCUCACACAUGAUGAAGCCUCAACUCUUCUUACGCCAAGUUGGUGACCUUAGCCAGAACCGCCGCAACCUGCGCCUGCCUAUCGACCAACCCCAACCAAAGGCUCCGGACCAUCUUUUCGAGAAACCGGAGCCGCCAAAGCCAGCACCACCCCCUGCUGGUGCUAAGCCACCUAUGCCUGGAGGCUUGCCGUCUGGACCAAGGGUUGGUGGCCCGAAGCCUCCAACAGCAGCCAUGGGCGCCAUGAAUCUCAACGCACCCAAACAUAGUCCGACGCCGUCACAGAGCAGCACAAAGCCCGGUAAAGAAGAAAAGGAUGGAAAGGAGAAGAAAAAGAAGAAGCUGCACUUGUUUUCCUCCAAGCAUUAA